AUGUCCCUCGUGGACCUGGGGAAGAGGCUGCUGGAAGCGGCUCGCAACGGCGAAGAUGACGAAGUGCGGAAGCUGAUGGCGAGCGGCGCUCCCUUCACCACCGACGGGCUCGGGACGUCACCCCUUCACCUCGCGGCCCGGCACGGCCACUACUCCACAGCAGAAGUGCUGCUCUGCGCCGGCGUUAGCAGAGACGCCCGAAACGGGGCCGACGUCAAUGCCAAGGACAUGCUGAAGAUGACCGCUUUGCACUGGGCCGCCGAGCACAACCACCGAGACGUCGUCAAGCUGCUCAUCAAGUACGGGGCCGACGUCCACGCCUUCAGCAAGUUUGAUAAGUCGGCUUUCGACAUCGCUUUGGACAAGAACAAUCCGGAGACUCUGGUGAUGCUGCAGGUAGCAAUGCAGAAGCAGGUGGACGCUCACGCGGAGCGAAUGGAUCCCGUCGCCAACUCCCUGACUCUCACCUCGCCGUUCGUUCUGGCGCCGGGGGAAGUUCUGGGUCUCGCUAGUCUCAUCGCUUCAGCAAACACCCAAACAACCUCAGGGGACUCGCCUGCCCCUCCGGCGCAGCUUUCCAGCUCCACCGCCGGCACGCUCGCCAUGCUCCCGGCCCUCGCUGAAGCAUCCGGCGCGGGCGGAGACGCAGGUGAGACGGAGGAAAUAGCGGAAGCAAAUCCCGUCGGUUCUGCCCUCCAAGAC